AUGACUACAAUAAACUGCUUGUUUGUAGACGAUUAUUCUUACGAAGACAUUUUUAAAAUCAAAAUUAAAGAAAAUGAGACAGUCGGAAAUCUCGUGGAAGCCAUCAAGAAAAGAAACAUUGGUUUUGGCGGAGACGGACUCAAAAUUCUAAAGAUAGAUCUUCCCCUUGGCACGCUGAGUGACAAACUAGCCCUCAUAGAAUCUAAAUCUUUCGUCAACAUUAAGACGUUUCUAGGAGGUGAAGAGUUGCCUUCAACAAAGCUUAUCUCUGAGUGUUUUGAUACUGGGGAACACUAUAUUGUCAUCGAUCCACCUUCUGGUCGUUUUACCUUCAAGAAAUGUGUUAGUGAAAACAAGCUCGUUGUGGGUGAUAAAAUUAUCUACAAUGAUAAUAAUACUUGCUUAGAGGGUACAAUUGUUAAUAUAUCUAAUACAUUUCAAAUCAAAUGCACAAAGGUUAAAGAAUAUUGUUUGGACUCAUUUUCUAAGUUCAUCAAACUUGCAAUUUCGCCAUAUGACAUAGAAAGCGAGCAUUGGAAAAACUUAUCGAUCGAAUUAUCAGAGUCGAAAGAAAAGUUUAUCUGGCGUGACUUUCGUCGUCGCAUGCUUAACAGAAAUUUAAAAGGUACAGAUCUAAUUGAUCCAGUGUUAGAGAGAGAAAAAAAAAAUAAUGAGGCCAAAACAGAAAAACAUGAUGCCGAUGAUAUUAUCUAUAAUCGAAUUCGUCUUUGCCCGCCUAGUAUUGAAAGAGAACCAUGCGAAAUGAUGGAAACAACCAAUUACGCAAGUAACAACGGUGGUGGUAGUACUUCAGGAGGAUGCAGUGGACCUGAUGGAAAUAAAAGUGCACUAUAUGAGCGAGAAUAUUACUUUCCAAAAGUGAAAAAUCGUAUUGUUGAAAGUUUAGUAGGUACUGAGAAGCAAGGUAGUUUAGAUCUUGGGACAUCAUCAAAGGCCGGAUUCCUAAUGAAAAAAUCUGAAAGUACCAAGACUAUAUCAGAUGAAUGGCACUUGAAAACUUGGGGUUGCGGUACUACCGGGGAUCAUUGGAUGUAUGAAAGAAG